GCGGUCGCCGGAGCUGGGGCUGUUGGGAGUUGGCUCGGUAUUCAAGGCGCGCGCGCGUGGUGAGAGGAGGAAGACGGUUGGUGCGUGUGAAAGUGAGAGAGAGGCCUCGUCGGAAAACUGGAGGACAAGAUGACUGGGUCAAAUGAAUUUAAAUUGAACCAACCUCCGGAAGAUGGAAUCUCAUCAGUGAAAUUUAGUCCUAACACAUCUCAGUUUCUGCUUGUUUCAUCUUGGGACACUUCUGUUCGAUUGUAUGAUGUUCCUGCCAACACCAUGAGACUCAAGUAUCAACAUACAGGAGCUGUACUUGACUGUGCUUUUUAUGACCCUACACAUGCCUGGAGUGGAGGAUUGGAUCGGCAGUUAAAAAUGCAUGACUUGAACACUGAUCAAGACAAUCUUGUUGGCACCCAUGAUGCUCCUAUCCGAUGCGUUGAAUAUUGUCCAGAGGUGAAUGUAAUGGUAACAGGAAGUUGGGAUCAAACAGUCAAGUUAUGGGAUCCGAGAACACCUUGUAAUGCGGGAACAUUUUCUCAGCCUGAGAAGGUGUAUACAUUGUCUGUGUCUGGUGAUAGAUUGAUAGUGGGAACAGCUGGUCGGAGAGUUUUGGUGUGGGACUUGCGAAACAUGGGCUAUGUUCAACAAAGAAGAGAAUCAAGUCUUAAAUAUCAGACACGUUGCAUCAGAGCAUUCCCUAACAAACAGGGCUAUGUGUUAAGCUCUAUUGAAGGCCGUGUUGCAGUUGAGUAUUUGGAUCCAAGUUUGGAGGUACAGAAGAAGAAAUAUGCUUUCAAAUGUCACAGAUUGAAGGAGAAUAAUAUUGAACAUAUUUAUCCAGUCAAUGCCAUCUCUUUCCACAAUGUCCAUAACACUUUUGCUACAGGUGGUUCCGAUGGCUUUGUCAAUAUUUGGGAUCCAUUCAAUAAAAAGAGACUCUGUCAGUUCCACCGCUAUCCUACAAGCAUAGCAUCUCUAGCCUUCAGUAAUGAUGGAACCACCCUUGCAAUUGCAUCAUCAUAUAUGUACGAAUUGGAUGACGUUGAACAUCCUGAAGAUGGUAUCUAUAUUCGGCAAGUGACAGAUGCCGAAACAAAACCCAAGUGAGUCUACUUAACUUCCGACACAAUGCUUCAGUAAUUUUCUCUUUCAAAGUACGUCCACUUGCUCGUUACAAGGCUAGCAUAAAGCAAAUCCUGGAUUAAAUGAAGAUACAUUUCCAAUAAUGCUUUCACAGAAAGUAGUGUUUUGUGUAAUCAUUCAGUAUAUUCUAUCAUUCUUUUAUUUUUAGCUUAUCCAUGAAACAUUGUUUUCUUCAGUCUGAACAGUAAUAAACUUUUCUGUUAGUUGA